AUGUCAUUUUUGGAAGAGUUUAACGAAAAUAUCUAUGAACCAUGGCACAUUGAAUAUGUUGCCUAUGAGGUUAUAAACAAGGGGCUACAUGAAAUUUGCAACUCUGGACAUUGGACUUCAAGAGAUGAAAAUGAUUUCGAAGCAGCUAUUAGAUUAGAAGCGGGAAAAGUAGAUUUAUUUAUUAACAGAAAACAACGCGAGAUCGAAUCAAGAUUAGCGUAUUGUAAAAGGGUGCUUAACCAAAAAAAAUGGAGCGAAGAAGAUACCAGCACAAUUGAUGAAUCUUUGACAGACAUUUUGGCAGAUAUCAAUGAAUUAGGCCGUUUCACACGUAUCAAUUUCAAAGCACUCCAAAAUCUCAUUAAGGAUCAUGACCAACUGACCAACACAAAUAGGAAGGCUCUAUUAGUCCAAGUAUGUAGAGCUCGACCUUUGGAUAACCAAAGAUUUGAUGAACUUCUUAUUCAAGUAUCUUGUCUUCUAGACAUUUGUAGAAAUAGGUUAGAAUCAUCAACAAAUGAUGUAUUAAUCGACAGUAAGAGAAUACAAACUGCAAGGUAUUGGGUUCAUCAAGAUAAUGUUACUGAAGUCAAGGCUUUAUUGCUAUUUAACUUACCAAUGUACGUUAAUAACCCGGCCCAGGAGUUCGAGCAAACCGAACAUUCAACAUCUGCAGUUUACCUGGACAAUAAUGGCUUUAGUGAAUACUUAUCCAGACUGCAGCGUGAUGAUGGAGCAGAGAUAAUUGAUAUCCAUUGGUAUGGAGAUAUGGACUUAUCACACGAAGUAUUUAUUGAAAGGCAAACAUAUGUGAAAACAGAUCAAGGAGGCAGUUCAGUAACAGAUAGUAUAAUCAUGAGCAAAGACAAUGUUUAUGAUUUUAUCUCGCAUCAGUAUACAGCCAAAGACUAUGCAAAUGAUUUGCAACGGGAAAAUACAGAUCAAGAAUAUGUUGAUAAAAAAUACAUUAUUGCUCAAUCAAUUCAAGACACAAUUUUAAAAAAGAAGCUAGAACCAAAGCUACGGAUUUACUUCGAUCAGCUUCGGUUUGAGUCACCCCAGGACAGGACCCUCUCUGUGGCACUCGACUCAAACAUUGCAUUUGCUAGGGAAAACGGAGCUCUAAAAUUAAACGGGGAAUGGCGUCGGCAAGAUAUGAACAUUGAUUACCCCUUCCGAAAGCUAUUAUCUCAUGAUUUGCAUUUGUUUCCUCAUGCUGUACUUGAAACACAAAUUGUAGGCGGUAAAUCCCCCUUGUGGCUAUCCCGUCUUCUUGAUUCUAAAUUGGUAUAUGAAGUACCCCGCUUUUCUGCAUACCUACAUGGCGUAGCACAAUUUUGGGGACCGCAAUUACCUCUUUUGCCCUGGUGGAUUCCGCAAAUGGAAAUAGACAUCCGCACUGCUGAGCACAAGAGCGGAUUUUCUGGUAUAACACGUUCUAAAAGCUACAAGCCAUUGAUUGAUGGACAGCACCGUACUAGAUAUUUGGAAGCUCAAUUGGGUAAAAGACAAAAACAGUCCAAGAAGCCUUUGUCCAUGCAUAACACUAUAUAUAACCGGAAUCGUUGGAAUAAUAGUACAGAUAGUUCACUUUUGGCGCCCGCCAGUAUGGAUGGAAAAGAAAAAUGUCACCUUGCACAGCAAAUCGAAAAUGCUUCCAGCUCAUCCCUCCACCGUGCAUUCACCACACCAAGUAUAUCAUCAAGAACACGAUUAAGAGAUCCCAAUAAAGACAAUGGCGCUUUUAUUGAUACUUAUUACAAUGGACGUAACAAUCAAUCGCAAGCAUACAUGCUGCAAGAUGCUAAUACUGUAAGGGAAAGUGAUAAUCUACGAGAGGCUGCUAUAAUAGAAAUGAAGGAGGAAAAAAAGAAAAAGAAAAAGGAGAAGAAGCUAAAACCACCUAGUCAUACAAUGGAACCGAAGCUGUUUUUUGCGAAUGAGCGUACAUUUAUUCACUGGUUACAAUUUUCAGCAAUUAUUCUGACAGCAGCAUUGACAUUGUUAAAUUUUGGUGAUAGUAUCAGCACAAUAUCCGGCAUUGUAUUUUUUUGUAUUUCACUUGUGAUAGCAUUGUAUGCAUUUUUUAGAUACAGAUACCGUGCUCACCAAAUGAGCACCAGACCUCAUAUGAGAUAUGAUGACAUAUAUGGCCCUGCUGGAUUAUGUACGUUGAUAGUCGGUGCAAUGAUUUUAAAUUUUAUACUUCGAAUGGAACAUCCACCUAGUAGUGACACUUACUUGGGAAUAAAUAAUAAAACAGAUCAGCAAAAUAAUAGUCACCAGCCCGUUUAA